AUGUCGGAAAGUAGUGUAAAUAUGGAAUCGGUUUCUGAAAACUGGAAAGAAGUGUUCUUUAAAGAAGCAAGUAAGGGCGAUCACUACAAAGUGAUUGUAAAAAGUAAAUACGACGAAAUAGUACAAGAUGUACUACGGGCAAAAUUGUCGUCGGAGAAAAAAAGUGCACAGCAAUUUAGACGUCUCAGAAGAUUCGACGUAAUAGAAAUAAACGAUACCAAUAAAUUGAUAGCAAAGUGCAAAGAUGACGCAGCGUUGAAAUAUUACGUACCAUUGGAGGACAUGUAUGACCUCCUUCAAAAAGCUCAUGUAUCGACUGGCCAUGGUGCGCGAGACCGACUAUUAAAAGAAACAUCAAUGAAGUAUGCUAAUGUUACGCGGGAAUUGGUCAAUUUAUUCUUAAGUAUGUGCCAAAGUUGCCAGCAAAAAAAGAUUAAAAGAAGACGGGGAUUGGUUUCAAAACCCAUAUUGCUCGAAGAGAUGAACACCAGGUGCUAA